AUGUUAGUUUCAGGACCAGCUGACCAGGCAGCCCCGCGCCUGCUGCUCUCCCUUCUGCUCCUCGUAGCCUGGGGGGCGGGCAGCGGCCAGGUCCGCUACUCGGUCCCCGAGGAGGCCAAACACGGCACCUUCGUGGGCCGCAUCGCCCAGGACCUGGGGCUGGAGCUGGCCGAGCUGGUGCCCCGCCUGUUCCGCCUGGCGUCCAAGGGCCGCGGGGACCUUCUGGAGGUAAACCUGCAGAAUGGCAUUCUGUUUGUGAAUUCUCGGAUCGACCGCGAGGAGCUGUGCGGGCGGAGCGCGGAGUGCAGCCUGCACCUGGAGGUGAUCGUGGACAGGCCGCUGCAGGUGUUCCACGUGGAGGUGGAGGUGAGGGACAUUAACGACAACGCGCCUGUAUUCCCCGCGACACAAAAAAUUCUGUUUAUUUCUGAAACAAUGGCUCUUGGCUCUCAUUUCUCACUAGAGGGCGCCUCAGAUGAAGAUGUCGGGGCUAAUGCUGUGCUGACUUACAGACUGAGCCCCAAUGAGUAUUUCUCUCUGGAAGUACCGAGCAAUGAUGAGCAGGUAAAACCUUUGGAACUAAUACUAAGGAAACCUUUAGACAGGGAAGUCGAUUCGGAGCUUCUCAUGGUGCUCAGAGCAACUGAUGGAGGCAAACCUGAGCUUACAGGCACCAUGGAGUUACACAUCACUGUGCUGGAUGUAAAUGACAACGCCCCAGUGUUUGACAAAGCAGUCUAUCGUGUAAAAUUACUUGAAAAUUCCAGAAACGGCACACUGGUUAUUAGACCGAACGCCUCAGAUUUGGACGAUGGUUCAAACAGUCACAUUCUGUAUGCCUUUGCAACGGAUGUCUCCCCUAAUACUGAAGCCUCUUUUCGCAUAGAUUCAGCCACUGGAGAAAUAAAGGUAAAUGGAAAAAUAGAUUUUGAAGAAACUAAAUUAUGGAAGCUUCAAAUCAAAGCAGUUGACAAAGGAAAUCCUCCAAUGUUUGGUCACUGCACGAUCCUGGUAGAAGUCUUGGACGUCAACGACAAUGUUCCAGAAUUGCACGUGACGUCACCAUCACUCUCUGUUGCAGAGGACGCGCCACUGGGCACCGUCAUCGCCCUGAUCAGCGUGUCCGACCGCGACUCUGGCGCCAACGGGCAGGUGAUCUGCUCGCUAUCCCAUGUCCCCUUCAAGCUGGUGUCCACCUUCAAGAACUACUAUUCGCUGGUGCUGGACAGCGCCCUGGACCGCGAGAGCGUGCCGAGCUACGGGGUGGUGGUGACCGCGCGCGACGGGGGCUCGCCUCCGCUGUCGGCCACGGCCAGCGUGUGGGUGGAGGUGGCCGACGUGAACGACAACGCGCCCGCGUUCGCGCAGCCCGAGCACACGGUGUUCGUGAGGGAGAACAACGCGCCCGGCCGCCACAUCUGCACGCUGUCGGCGCGCGACCCCGACGCGCAGGAGAACGCGCGGGUGUCCUACUCGCUGGUGGAGCGGCGGGUGGGCGAGCGCGCGCUGUCGAGCUACGUGUCGGUGCACGCGGAGAGCGGCCGGGUGUUCGCGCUGCAGCCGCUGGACCACGAGGAGCUGGAGCUGCUGCAGUUCCAGGUGAGCGCGCGCGACGCGGGCGUGCCGCCUCUGGGCAGCAACGUGACGCUGCAGGUGUUCGUGCUGGACGAGAACGACAACGCGCCCGCGCUGCUGCCGGGCGGCGCGGGCGAGCUGGUGCCGCGCUCGCUGGGCGCGGGCCACGUGGUGGCCAAGGUGCGCGCGGUGGACGCGGACUCGGGCUACAACGCGUGGCUGUCGUACGAGCUGCUGCAGCCGGCGGCGGCGGCGGCGGGCGGCGCGCGCGGCCCGUUCCGCGUGGGGCUGUACACGGGCGAGAUCAGCACGACGCGCGCCCUGGACGAGGCGGACGCGCCGCGCCAGCGCCUGCUGGUGCUGGUGAAGGACCACGGCGAGCCGGCGCUCACGGCCACGGCCACGGUGCUGCUGUCGCUGGUGGAGAGCGGGCUGGCGCCCCGCGCGUCGUCGCGCGCGCCCGAGGGCGCGGCGGGCGCGCCGACGGCGCUGCUGGACGUGAACGUGUACCUGAUCGUCGCCAUCUGCGCCGUGUCCAGCCUGCUGGUGCUGACGCUGCUGCUGUACGUGGCGCUGCGCUGCGCGGCGCCGCCGGGCGAGGGCGCGGGCGCGGGCGCGGCCGGGAAGCCGGCGCUGGUGUGCGCCAGCGCGGUGGGGAGCUGGUCGUGCUCGCAGCAGCGGCGGCAGAGGGUGUGCUCCGGGGAGGGCCCGCCCAAGACCGACCUCAUGGCCUUCAGCCCUUCUGUACCUCCUGGUUCAAGUUCUGGAGAUGUGGAUCACAUGGAGAUUUGCUCAAAUCCUCGACAGCCCAACCCUGACUGGCGUUACUCUGCCUCCCUGAGAGCUGGAAUGCACAGCUCCGUGCACCUGGAGGAGGCUGGCAUUCUGCGGGCUGGCCCUGGAGGGCCUGAUCAGCAGUGGCCAACGGUAUCCAGUGCGACACCAGAACCAGAGGCAGGAGAGGUGUCCCCUCCAGUCGGUGCUGGUGUCAACAGCAACAGCUGGACCUUUAAAUACGGACCGGGCAACCCCAAACAAUCUGGUCCCGGUGAGUUGCCAGACAAAUUCAUUAUCCCAGGAUCUCCUGCAAUCAUCUCCAUCCGGCAGGAGCCUACUAACAGCCAAAUUGACAAAAGUGACUUCAUAACCUUCGGCAAAAAGGAAGAGACCAAGAAAAAGAAGAAAAAGAAGAAGGGUAACAAGAGCCAGGAGAAAAAAGAGAAAGGGAACAGCACGACUGACAACAGUGACCAGUGAGGUCAAUUCAUGGAAACAAGCCACUUAGCCAGUUUUUGUAAUAAUGGCAAAUCUCUCCCAUGUAGCAACUCCCUGCUCCUUCCCCCCCGCCCCCAGCCCUCUCUCAGCCCUCAGAAAUCUGCACCAAGUUCCCUGUGUCUGUCUAGAUUGCAUUUAACAGGUUUUGUCUUAAAAGCUUUACUAAGUCUGGUGUUAACUCUUUCUCUCCACUCUGGCUUGUUUUCAGAACCUAAAAAGCAGACCCAAGUUUCCUUUCUCCUCCGCCG